AUGUACUGUGUGCUGCUCCGCAAGCGCUCCGCUCGCAGCCGCAGCCGCAGCCGCAGCGCCAGCCGCAGCCGCAGCGCCAGCCGCAGCGCCAGCCGCAGCGCCAGCCGCAGCCGCAGCCGCAGUGGAAGUGAUGACGGACGCCGCAACGGGAAGGGGAAGGGGAAGGAUAGCUCCCCAGCAGACGAUCACGAGAAGGAGAGCGAGGACGAGGGCGAGGACGAGGAGGAUAACGCCACUGCUGCGGAGAACGGAGCAAACGGUGCCACCAGCAACGGGAACCACAGCCGGGAGGAAGAGGGGGACGAAGGGGAGGAAGAAGGAGACGAAGAUGAGCCAGAAAGAGAGGAGGAUGAGAACGAGGUCGAAUCUGAUGCAGGGGAUGACCACGAAGAAGAAAACGGCGCACAGGAGAACGGACACAUUUCGUCGGACUGAUUUGACCUCGCGAUGACUUUUGAGUAACAAAGGCUUGGUUCGAGAUGCCGUUCUGUUGUAUGCUGGUGCCAGGCCCGCUUUGAUAUCUCGAACAUGGAAGGAAGGGUAAUGCAGUGUGAGGUGUUGCUGUAGCAAGGGCGAAGUCAGCAGUCGUCACUUGCGCUUCGCAUUGGUGUGCUUUACCAGCCACACCUGCUGCUAAGACUGAUCACUCCUGCUUGGUACACUAUCAUGUCACAUCGAAGUAUCAGUUUCAGCGUGUUUUUUGUUUUUUUUCGCGCAAUGUUGGGACACUAUUGCAAUGGAGGGGAGAGAAGACACGGAGGAAUUCGCCGUUCUAUGUGACAGCAGUGGUCGAGAGAGAUGGUUGAGUUACGGAUAUUCCUGGAUGUCCCCGGGAUAUUUGGUGUUUUAAGGGGGGUCCAGAACAUGAUACAUAUUGAACUGUUGUUUGUUCGAAGGAUGAGCGGAGACAACAGUGCUGAGCGUAGAAAAAAAAAAAAAUCACACGUACGUAAGCGCCAAUUCUCACUUCACCAUGCUGUACACGCCUACAGCAGAGCCAACCCUCCAAGAUGAAGCGCUACGGCUGUAGAAGCCUCCAAUAGCUAGCGGUUGGCCCAAGUAGGAUGAAAUUCCAUAGACUAUAGCGCUAGAACUCAGCAGUGAAAGACCUCACGUGGGCCCAAAAACAAUAUGCGAAAGCGCACCGGCCCCCAUGGACGCGGCGGAACUUCUACCGAGCCGACGGCACUUUCCUGGCGAACACGAGAACGCGCUGAAUACGUUGCCAAUUGGCACGAAACUUGGCACGAAAGCAUACUGCUGCAUGGAGAGUAGGCCAAUCCUGGCAGUUAUGUGUUCCACGUAGCCGGAGGGAGGGACGGAUUUGGUCGAAAAACGGCAUCCACGCGCAAGCUUCAUGCUUAGGUGUCUCACGACUGUUGACAACGGGAUGCCCCGCAUCUUGUAGCUGUCUCCUUCAUGGUUGUACAGCACUUUGAAUUAUGUUUCUUCAUGCAGUACAAGCCGAGUACGCGUACUCGGCGUGCACCAAAAUGUUGAACUGGAACCCACCUGUGCGGUGUUGUUGCACCGCGAAUAAAAUGCGGGACAAAAAAAAAAACUGGCGGUGCCAAUACGAGAGCCCGGACCUCUCUCACCUCUCGUUCGCGAUCUUAUUUUUUGUCGGCCCCGUUCUGGCUGGAGUAAGGGCUUGAAUAAGCGACAAAAAACACGCUCGAAAAAGUGCUUUGUGUCCCCGGGGGAAAGCGAAACCUGGCCGAUGAUACUUCCAUACCUUUUGAAAAUAACGAAGUAAAUGUGUCCGGAAGUUUGUGGGCAUACAUCGCCUGCAGGGCGCACACCAUUGUCGCGUAGAAAGUGUGGUAGGGAGACGUCCCGGGCUGUCCACGGAGAGCUUAACGUAUGUGUGAACAGGAGUGAACAGGAUAGUACGGUGGAAGGACAACUUCACCGCCGCCGAAGUACACGUAUGACGUUACCGUAGAAUAAAGGCCAAAUUUUGUCCAACGCUUUGAUUCGAAUUGGGUCGACCAAUAGUCCACACUUUCACCAAGCAAGACUGCUUCUAACGUCGGCCCAAUGGUAAAUACAGUCAAAUCACUACAACAGUCAGCGGCGCCAAAAGUGACAAAAAAAAAAAGACAAGCAUACUAAACUGACUCCAGAACGUCACACCCGCUGGGAAAGAUGGUCGAGGUAGACAGCAGUCCUUGUCUCCAAACAACACGGCAGGUUCGUGACCACAAGAAGACAAGUACACAAAAUGACUUCACAUACACA